AUGGGAGAAUGCGACGUUCUUACGGACGGAAAAGCCACGCAACCCGACGCACCACGUGAUGGCGCCUUGCUCACUAGUCCCGAGUGGUCAGGACAAAACCAACCUCAGUGCCUGGAGUUCUGGUACGAGUACGGUGGAACGACUGACCCAACCUUACAGGUGGAAGUUAAAGCGGAUGGGAAGAGUGAAGUUGCGUGGCAGCUGCCGUCGCACCCCAGCAAAGUCUGGAUGCUUGCGCGAGCACAGAUCUCUCAGGAUAAAACAUUCCAGGUGAUAUUCCGAGCGAAAUUUGGAAAGGAUCUUUAUCAAUUCGUCGGACUGGACAAUGUCGUCCUGCGGCCGGAGCCUUGCGUCCACACCGCCGAGUGCGACUUCAACGACGGCCUUUGCGGCUACGUUAACCAAUUCCGAGGAAACUUCCAGUGGCUCGUAGGAACCGGACGGUAUGAGCAACCUAAACUUCAACCAGCAGUGCCUCGCGAAAAGGAUACACCUCCAUUUGCCUACCUUGACUUGACCACGGGUACAUCGGACACAUUUAGUCCGGUUAUAAACAGCAUGAAACGAAAUUCCAAUACUGUCCGGCUUCUUAGCCCUCUGUUUGACGUCACCAACGAGAACACCCAGCUGGCCAUACGGUACUACAGGCGAGGACCAGAUGUAAUGACGGCCAAUGUCUCAGUUACCUGUUACGGAAAAGCCUCCGACAAGACCCAACCUCAGGUGCAGUCCUCCACUGAAAUGGGCGAAGUGUCACAGUGGACAACACUGAAAGUCCCAGUCAAGCAGGGCUCUGCUUGUCAGCUAGCACUGAUUGUGACUCGAGGCCAAGGCACUAAUGGCACGAUCGCCAUCUCAUCCGUAAAUGUCGAAUCCUUGGCGCCAGCUCUCACAUCCUGA